ACAAAACAUAGUAUACAAAUGAUUGAUGCACUUGUUAAACAAGACCGCCUACAGGCAGGCAAACACUCUCUGGUGAUGUCCACACUCACUUCAGCGCUCCAACACACCGAAGAGCCAGCACAGAUAUAGAAGAUGGGGUCUGAGAUUAAAGUGGGGCCAAUGCGUGUCCUGGUGACCGGUGGAUCUGGGUUAGUGGGCAAAGCCAUUGAGCAUGUGGUGCAGGAGGAAGGUGGCAAACUGGAGGGAGAAGAGUGGAUCUUCCUCUCUUCCAAGGAUGCUGACCUUGUAGAUGCUGGGCAGACCAGGGCUGUGUUUGAGAAGUACCGUCCCACUCAUGUCAUCCACCUGGCUGCGAAAGUCGGAGGACUGUAUCUACACAUGAGGGAGAACCUGCACUUUUUGAGGGACAACAUCAAAAUCAAUGAUAAUGUGCUACAAACAGCCCACGAGAUGGGUGUCACCAAGGUCGUGUCUUGCCUGUCCAGUUGUAUUUUCCCUGACAAUACCACAUACCCCAUCAAUGAGACCAUGAUACACAACGGACCGCCUCAUGACUCCAACUUCGGAUACUCGCAUGCUAAAAGGAUGAUUGAUGUUCAGAACAGGGCAUACUUUCAGCAGCAUGGUCGCCGUUACACAGCGGUCAUCCCGACCAAUGUGUUUGGACCCCAUGACAACUUCAGCAUAGAAAAUGGUCACGUGCUGUCGGCACUCAUUAACAAGACAUACAAGGCCAAAAAGGAAGGGACUCCGGUGAAUGUGUGUGGCUCCGGAGCUCCUAGGAGACAGUUUAUCUACUCUCUGGAUUUAGGUCGUCUCAUCAUUUGGGUCCUGAGAGAAUAUGAAGAAACUGACCCCAUUAUCCUCUCUGUGAGUGAAGAGGAUGAAAUCUCAAUCAAAGAGGCCGAGGACAUGAUUGCAGACUCUCUGGACUUCAAAGGCAAAAUACACUUUGACACCACCCUGUCAGACGGCCAGAUGAAAAAGACAGCCAGCAAUGCCAAGCUAAGGCGCUACCUCCCUGACUUCACCUUUACACCCCUUAAAGAAGCUAUAAAGCUGACCUGCGACUGGUUCGUGGCCAACUACGACACUGCCCGGACAUGAAGUGACUGAACACUGGGCUACAAUUUAGCACUGCUCUUUAGGUCUGGUGUCAGGCAUGUUAUCACUGUGAAAUACUGGUUUAUACAGUACCACAUUAAACAAUCAAUAUUCUUGAGUGUA